CUGCGCUCCGACAGCCGCUCAGCUCGACUCUCUCACUACAUGGAGCAAACUCAGACCAAACCCUCGGAGGAGACACCGGAGCUUCACGGACAGGAAUCAGGAUGGUCUAUACCACGGCUCUGAUAUUUGGACACGGAGUGCCCGUCUUGUCGGAGGACGAAAGCCUCGUAGAGAUGAUCGGGAAGUACUUCUUCCAGCGCAGGUCCCCGGGCCGAAAGACGACUUCAGUCCGGCGGGGGAGCGUCGAAAGCUGGGACGAGAGAGAUUCUAACUCACCUUUUGCCAACCUGGACGCUGGUUUGGAGCACGAGGAGGGGCUCCUUCAGCAGGACGUGACCCGGCAGAUAGAGCAAUGUCUAACAGAGGCCAAAGCCUCCGCCCUCCACUGCCAGGUGCUGCUGCUGCCUCGCCAGAUGACCUCCAGGGUGGGCCAGGACGUGGUGCGCUCCUCUGCCGACGAGCCCUGUGGGCUGCGGGGAGCCUCCAUCAAGGUCUACGUGGAGGGCAAAGAUGGCCUGAAGCCUGUGGGGAGCAUCUUCCCAGACCCAAGUGUCACCCCGACGUUUGAGCUGUCCGUCAUUUUCAAAGCGGACAAGGGCGACGGCUGGCCGCCACUCAUGCACAUCUUUGAUACCAGCAAAGUGUUGAAACUGAGACCCGAGUACCGGCUGGUGAAGAGGAAGCUCUACUCCUCUGCCAGCCCGGUCAUUCAUGAUUUCAACUAAGGGCACAGAGUUGAAUGUAAACCCCUGUUUCACUGAUUACCCUUUUUUUUUCUGGUGUGAAUGUUAAAUACACAGUUGUAUCUUCUUUCAGGCUACACAUGCACACGGCCUGAAAUGCACUGUUAUAUUUUGGCUCUAAGGAAGUGGAUUGUUCUUUGUUUGGUGUAUGAAUGUCUAACUUGGAGCAGGAGGUCAAACUGCUUGUGUUGCUACACUCUGUAGCCAAUGUGACCACAGUAUUUUGCACAGGAUGGUUGAAUGUUAAACGUGUACACUGUAAACAUAAAAAAAAGAGAACUUCCUUCCAGGACUGGGCAGGUCUCACUCCUGAAGUGUGCUGUACUUUUUUUUAGUUAUUUAUGCGAUUGUAAAAUAAACUUUUUACACUACGA